AUGGACACCGCCCACAAACAAAACGCAGUCUUAAGUCUAGUUUGGGGUUUUUUGCACCCAGCAAACACCAAGGCUCUGACAGAAUACAGUACCUGUAUGGGAUGGGUAAAGUCGAAAGAUUCAGAGCGAUCAUGUGCGCGUUCGAUCGGUAAAUCCCGAAGAAAGCACGCCCUUGAGAAAUACAACUUUCUCUCAAGCAUCAAAAGCAUGCCUUUAGAUGGAGAAGGUCUCGCAUCAGUCGAAAGUUUCCUAAAAAGUCGACAUUGUCAUGACCACGUUGGAGAGGUCAUUGCAAGAUUCAUGACAUGGAAGACCGAUCACCACUCAGCUAUAGGGCGUGGAAAUAUUGACUGCGAAAGUCAGCCCUCUUCUCUGGAACAAAAGAGAAGCUCUGUGGAUGGAGAACUCGAUUCUCCCAGUUCGGGGACAUAUCAACAAGCAUCGCCGUCGACUUCACCAACAGGUGUAGUUUACAGCAUAGAAGAUGACACUAUAUCCGAUGUUUUUUCCGAACUCACCAUGUCGCCGGGACAGGAGUCCAGCAUUAGUUUCAGUGACACAAGCUUUGCGAGCACAGCCUUCACGACUCCCGAUGCUACACCGAUGAGCUCCGAGGAGUUCCCGUUGCCAAUCGAGCCUGCUAGUCGCCCUGAGACACCCUGUCCCAUCCCCGAAUCCCUACCCAAUGACUCCAUUACGGAGCAGGACUUGGAACACAACAGUGACGUUCAAGAAUUGCUGGCGCAGGAAGACGGCAAAGGUCCCGGAAUGCGGGACGGCUUGAUCCGCCGCAUGAAGACGCAGAAGAGGGGAAAGCUUCCAUUACUCAUUGCAAUUGAGCAUGAUUGGACAAAACAAGAUCAUGAAAAGGGAGUCGUCUAUAUCUUCAAGCACAAGAAGGAGCCCGCUUUGAUCAAGAUAGGUUGGACAAGAGCUGAUUCUCAAGCGCGACACGGUCAACGCGGCAAUUGCUACGCAAUAGACACAACGCCACAUUGGGAAAGUGAGCAGGCCUUCGUUGGAGCUUACCGUGUGGAGCAGUUGGUUCAGAAACAGCUCAUAGAACACAAUCUUCUCAAUCAUGAAUAUAAAUGUCCGCAUUGCGAGGGACGGCAUCAAGAAUGGUUCAGGUGCGACCCGGAAGACGCGAAAGCACUUAUCAAGCUGUGGACAGAGUUCGUAUGCGGUAAUUUCUACGACACUGGUUUUGAUAUUAAGGGAAACCGGUAUGGCAGGUUGAGUCAAAAAGGUCGCGAUUUCAUGGACAGCAUCUGCAACGUGACUCCAGACGAUUUGCAGCGACGGAUACGAGCCAAAGCUACGGGAGUCUCGCGCCUUGUGGGAGAAGAGGUAGAAGGAGUCGUCAACAAGCCAUUGAGUCUUCAGAAUGGACUUGAGUUUGAUUCUACUACAAUUUCUGCUACUGUCACUGGCAACUCUCCGGAGGAAGAUGACGAGGUACGCGAAGACCACUUUCAACAGGAGGCCUUGGCAGAGGAGAAACGGGGGAAGAAAUACCACUUCAAGCAGUUUGGCAAGAUCACUCUUGACGAGAUUAAGUAUGCUACGGAGUCGUUACGCGAGAAGUUGAAUUCGGCUUGGCUCCGCUCUUGUGUUGUCAUUGAAGAGCUUCGCCAGGGACAAUACCCGAAUAUGGACGAGACUGUCCAAAAGUUCUACGGUGUAUUCUACGCCAAUGAGCUCAACAAGAUAGACGAAGAGAGCGUGGCUCGAGCGCAGGGACCACGAGUCAAGACAUGGAAUUUCCAGCGAUGGCGUAAAAGCCUAUGA